AUGUUCGUCUCUCUCGUCUUGCAGCCACUUUCGACGUUGCUCGUGUUUGCCGUCGCGUCUGUAGCGGCGCAUCCAUCUGCAGGCGAUGGGACCGUCCCUCAUGUUUAUGAUCCGGGGUUUUCCAAGCACCCUUCAAGGAUGAACAUUCCAGGCACUCUUCGAGUACGCCAGAGGAUGCGUGCUGCCCAGUGGGUUAUCCAGUUUGUUGCCCUUCACCGUCGACCGUCUGCUGCCGCUCUGGAUGCUGCGAUUCUGGGCAAACUUGUUGCAACGGCCGUUGCUGCGAUACUGGUUACACGUGCUCGGCAUCUGGAGCAUGCCAGUAUCAGCUCUCUUUCGGUUAUAUCCGUCGCCUCUAUCUCGUAUAUCUCCACCCAGUCCUCUCUAUCCGCUGCCGCUUCCAGCAGCACCAGCAGCCCACCUGGAGGAACCAUUGCCGGCACUACUGGUACCGGAACCCCUGAACCUACGUCAAAGAACAAUACGGGUGCUAUCGUCGGUGGUGUCGUCGGUGGCGUUGCCGCUAUAUGUCUCCUCGUCGGCCUCUUGCUCUUCCUCCUCCAUAAGCAAAAGAAGCAAAGUGCUGGGACAAGCGAGGUAGCUUCGACGUAUACAGCACAACCAAUGAUGGGCCAGCACCCGCCCAGUAGCCCAGGCUUCCCUGGCAAUCCAGGCUCGCCCGUGAACACACCGAGCGCUUAUGGGUUUCCCAGUGCUGCACCCACACCUGCUCUCGUCUACAACCAAAACGAGAUGUAUCCCAACCGCAAUACGUAG